AUGGAUUACAGCUCAUUCAGUGGAGUUCCCCGGUUCUUGACCCGGCCUAAGGCAUUUAUAGUGUCUGUGGGGAAGGAUGCCACCUUGAGCUGCCAGAUCAUUGGAAACCCCAUCCCAGCUGUGAGCUGGGAAAAGGAUAAACUUCCGGUCCAGUCUGGAGGAAGGUUUAAAACCACAGAAGAUGGGGAUCUCUAUCAGCUAACCAUCUAUGAUCUGAGCCUGGAGGACAGUGGCCAAUACAUCUGCCGAGCCAAGAACACCAUUGGUGAAGCUUUUGCAGCUGUCAGCAUCAAAGUUGGAGAAGAGACCACAGUAACAGAGUCAGCCCCAUACUUCAUCCAGAAGCCUUCCUCCAUCAAAGUAACACUGGGAGAAGAUGCCAUGUUCAAAUGCAAAAUCCAGGGCAGCCCUCCUCUCUAUGUGAACUGGGAGAAGGAUGGCAAACAUGUGCGGAACCGGGCUGAUGCUGGGCGCUUCCAGAUUGAGUCUGUUGGGGAGUCAAAUGCUCUCACCAUCCAGUGUGCCCGGCUAGCGGACAGUGGCACCUAUACCUGCCGGGCAGAGAACCCCAUCGGCUCUGCCAGUGCUUCAGCUGCGCUGGUAGUGGAAAAGCAAGGUUCUUCCAACCCGGGCAGCAGCAGCCACUUCGACACCAGCUGCGGCAAGACGACAUCCUUGUUGUCUCACUUGCAAAAGAGGCGGGAGGAGAUCAGGAAGAUGGACAUCUCCCAUGGGACUCUUGAUUCAAUGUCUGCCCAGUCUUACUCCACGGCAGAAGGGCUGUCUAGCAUUGGAUACAGCCUCUCCCGGGAUUACGAGAGGGCUGCUGGACUCACCACCAAAGGGGCUCGCAAUGCGACUUUUGGGUCACUGACACGCGUCUGCAGCGUGACAGAGGGGAAGCACGCUAAGCUGAGCUGCUAUGUGACGGGUGAACCCAAACCAGAGAUUGUGUGGAAGAAGGACAAUGAGGUCAUUGUGGAAGGACGGCGGCAUGUCAUCUAUGAGGAUGAUCAGGAGAGCUUUGUGCUGAAGAUCCUUUUCUGCAAGCAGAUAGACAAUGGGCUGUACACCUGCACUGCCUCCAACCUGGCAGGCCAGACAUACAGCUCUGUGCUUGUCACUGUCAAAGAACCCUCAAUACCCUUCAAGGAAAAACUGAAGGAUCUUGAAGUGAGGGAGAAAGAAUCUGCCACCUUCCAAUGUGAAGUGCCCAUUCCUAGUACAGAGACAUCUUGGUUCAAGGAGGAAACCAAACUCCGGCAGAGCAAGAAAUACAACAUUGAAGAAGAGGGCACAUAUCGCCGCCUCACUGUCCAGGACAUCACUGCAGAUGAUGAUGCUGUCUACAUCUGUGAGAUGAAGGAAGGGAGCAGGACCAUCGCAGAAUUGUCUGUCCAAGGGAACAUCAUUAAGAAACUUCCACGAAAGACUGCGGUCUUCUUAAAUGAUACAGCCAUCUUCUGUGUUGAGCUGGACAAUGAUUGCCAGAAUAUCCGAUGGCUGAAAAAUAAAGAAGAAGUGAAAUCUGGUGAUCGAAUCUCCAUCACACGCUCUGGCAAGCAACAUACCAUGAUCAUCCGAGAGUGUAAGAUGGAAGAUGCUGGUGAAAUUGUCUUCCUGGCUGAUGAAAGCAGGACUUCUACCCAGUUCACUGUGACCACUCCCAAAAAACCUCCCACCCAACCCCCGUCUGACCCUGUGGUGAAAAAUAAAACAGAAACCUCAGUGACGCUAGCAUGGUCCCCUCCGAAGAUGGACCGACCCAUUCCAGUUGACGGCUACAUCGUGGAAUGCAAGAAACUAAGUGGCUUAACCUGGGUGAUGUGCCAUGAGUCUCAUGUCACUGUCUCAGAGUAUACUGUAAGCAACCUGUUGGUAGAGGCUGACUAUCAGUUCAGAGUGUCUGCAGUCAACGCCUAUGGACAGGGCCCCUACCUGGAGUUCCCAGGGAGCAUGCACCUUGAACCAGUCCCAGCUGUGAAAACACCCCUGACAACUGUUGAAGUUGUACCUGGAGGAGAUGCCGUGUUUACUCUUGACCUUACAACAACAUGUUCUGGUACUUGGUACCUUAAUGGUAAAGUCUUACAGGAAAGCGAGACCUAUGUCAUUAAGAGAACCCAAACUACUCACACCUUAAUCAUAAAGAAUGUUACCAAGAAUGAUGAUGGAGCAGAAGUGAAGUUUGUUGCCAAUAACAUUAACACCAGCACCAAGAUGAGAGUGAAAGCUGCUGCAGUGAGAUUUACCAACAAGAGCAGAGACGUAGAAAAAGUCUCUGCUCGGCUGCGGGAGGAGGCCAACCUUCAGGCUGAGCUUUCGGAUGCAGACACUACUGUGAAGUGGAUGAAGGAUGGAAAAGAGCUUAAGGCCAGUGAAAAAUACGAACUCCAAACUGUGGGGAAGAAGCACAUCCUGAAAAUUCGCAACACUGCAGCAGAGGAUGCUGGAGUUUACGAGUGUAUCUGUGAAGGGGACAAAAUGCUCUAUCGGCUUUCAGUGGAAGCACUUGCAAACUUCAUAAACAAAGAGAAAAGUGGAGGAGUUAUCAGGGCCAUCACUGGAAAACAGGUUGAAUUGGUUUCUGAGACCUCUGAGGCCAACGUCAUGGUUAAGUGGUACAAAAAUGGCAAAGAAAUCACAGCCAGCAAGAAAUUCACAGUGGAAGAUAAAGGAAAACUGCAUAAGCUUGUGGCAUCAGCUGUGACAAAAGAAGAUGAAGGAACAUAUACAUGCAAAAUUGGAGAUGACACUCUUACUUUUGAUUUAAAAGUCUCGGAUGAAGCUGUUAAUUUUGUCAACAAGCCCAAAACAACCCCAGAAAUAUCAGUAAAUUCUUCUGAAACCCUUGAGCUGAUGUGUGAGGUGUCCGCUGUGAGUGGAGCUGUGGUAUGGAAGAAGGAUCAAAGGGAGGUGAAGCAAGACCAGAGGACAACAAUCAUCUCCCAGGGGACACAUCGCAAGCUCAUUAUCAAGAAGGUGACACAGCAAGACCAAGGGAGCUAUACUUGUGAAACGAAAGAUGACAGAACAACAUUCCAAGUCAAAGUCAGAGCUAUGUGUGGCUAUUGUGGUUUUCUUACAGAGACAGAAGAUGUGUUUACAAACAAGGACAAGGUACAAAAAGAGGUGAAAGCUGCACUAUCAGAAAACGCCACGCUGAGCUGUGAGGUGGCCCAGGAGAAGACUGAUGUGAAAUGGUACAAGGAGGGCAAACUGAUCACAUCUAGCAAGAAGUUCAAGGUGGAGUCUGAGGGCAAAUCUCGUCGCCUGGUGGUGGGUCAGCUGGAGAAGAAAGAUGCUGGGGAGUACACGUGCGAGGCUGCUGGCCAGAAACUGACUUUCAAGAUCACUGUCACAGAAGCAGAAGAUGCAUUUAUCAACAAAGACAAACUGAAGAAAGAGGUGAAAGCUGCGCUAUCAGAAAAUGCCACGCUGAGCUGUGAGGUAGCCCAGGAGAAGACUGAUGUGAAAUGGUACAAGGAGGGCAAACUGAUCACAUCCAGCAAGAAGUUCAAGGUGGAGUCUGAGGGCAAAUCUCGUCGCCUGGUGGUGGGCCAGCUGGAGAAGAAAGAUGCUGGGGAGUACACGUGUGAGGCUGCUGGCCAGAAACUGACUUUCAAGAUCACUGUCACAGUUUCAGAAGCAGAAGAUGCAUUUGUCAACAAGGAGAAGGUCCAGAAAGAGGUGAAAGCUGCGCUAUCAGAAAAUGCCACACUGAGCUGUGAGGUGUCCCAGGAGAAGACUGAUGUGAAAUGGUACAAGGAGGGGAAGCUGAUCACAUCCAGCAAGAAGUUCAAGGUGGAGUCUGAGGGCAAAUCGCGUCGCCUGGUGGUGGGUCAGCUGGAGAAGAAAGAUGCUGGGGAGUACACGUGCGAGGCUGCUGGCCAGAAACUGACCUUCAAGAUCGAUGUCACAGAAGCAGAAGAUGCGUUUAUCAACAAAGACAAACUGAAGAAAGAGGUGAAAGCUGCACUAUCAGAAAACGCCACGCUGAGCUGUGAGGUGUCCCAGGAGAAGACUGAUGUGAAAUGGUACAAGGAGGGGAAGCUGAUCACAUCCAGCAAGAAGUUCAAGGUGGAGUCUGAGGGCAAAUCUCGUCGCCUGGUGGUGGGUCAGCUGGAGAAGAAAGAUGCUGGGGAGUACACGUGUGAGGCUGCUGGCCAGAAACUGACCUUCAAGAUCCAUGUCACAGGUGGGAGAAAAUUGGCUGGCCUGGCCUUCCUUCUUCUAGAAUAUUUAGAAAAAGAACAGGGCAAGGGCACAGUGGAGAGCAGUGCAGUGUCAGUCCAUGUCUGCACUCACCAAAACAAUACACAAAAAAAGAGCUUUGAAAACAACCACCACAACUCCCCCUCUCUUCUCCCCCCAAAAAAGCACUCACCAAAGUAGUUUUAAUGUUCUUCCAAUAGCUUUUUAUGUAGUAUUACCUGUAAGUCAAGGUAAGACGAUUGGGCAACACCAUAUUUUCAAGAAACUCUGUUUUUCUCUCUAUCUCCAGAGCCAGAAGUUGCAUUUACAAACAAGGAGAAGGUACAAAAAGAGGUGAAAGCUGCGCUAUCAGAAAACGCCACGCUGAGCUGUGAGGUGGCCCAGGAGAAGACUGAUGUGAAAUGGUACAAGGAGGGGAAGCUGAUCACAUCCAGCAAGAAGUUCAAGGUGGAGUCUGAGGGCAAAUCGCGUCGCCUGGUGGUGGGUCAGCUGGAGAAGAAAGAUGCUGGGGAGUACACGUGCGAGGCUGCUGGCCAGAAACUGACUUUCAAGAUCGAUGUCACAGAAGCAGAAGAUGCGUUUAUCAACAAAGACAAACUGAAGAAAGAGGUGAAAGCUGCGCUAUCAGAAAAUGCCACGCUGAGCUGUGAGGUAGCCCAGGAGAAGACUGAUGUGAAAUGGUACAAGGAGGGCAAACUGAUCACAUCCAGCAAGAAGUUCAAGGUGGAGUCUGAGGGCAAAUCUCGUCGCCUGGUGGUGGGUCAGCUGGAGAAGAAAGAUGCUGGGGAGUACACGUGUGAGGCUGCUGGCCAGAAACUGACCUUCAAGAUUGAUGUCACAGAGCCAGAAGUUGUAUUUACAAACAAGGAGAAGGUGCAGAAAGAGGUGAAAGCUGCGCUAUCAGAAAACGCUACGCUGAGCUGUGAGGUGGCCCAGGAGAAGACUGAUGUGAAAUGGUACAAGGAGGGCAAACUGAUCACAUCCAGCAAGAAGUUCAAGGUGGAGUCUGAGGGCAAAUCUCGUCGCCUGGUGGUGGGUCAGCUGGAGAAGAAAGAUGCUGGGGAGUACACAUGCGAGGCUGCUGGCCAGAAACUGACCUUCAAGAUCGAUGUCACAGAGCCCAAACCUGCAUUUAUAAACCAGGAACAAGUCCAGAAGGAGGUUAAUGCCAUCCUGACAGAAAGUGCCACCCUCAGCUGUGAGGUAGCACAGGAUGCAACUGAAGUGAAAUGGUUCAAGGAUGGAAAGCUGCUCAUUACCUCCAGGAAAUUCAAAAUAGAAUCUGUUGGCAAAACCCGUCGCCUUGUCAUAGGGCAGCUGGAGAAGAAAGAUGCUGGAGAAUACAUCUGUGAAGCUGCAGGCCAGAAGCUGACUUUCAAGGUGGAACCAACUGAACCAGAAGCUAAAUUUGAAAAUAAAGUUGUCCAGAAAGAGCCUCUCAUUGUUCAAGAACAUGAAAAUAUCACACUGACUACUUCAGUAACUCCUGAAACUGCUGCAGUAAGGUGGUUCAAGGAUGGAACAGAAAUCAAGGCAAACAAGAAAUAUGCAAUCAAGAGUGAGGGCACAUCCAGGACCCUGACAGUGAACCUGGCUGAGAGCACAGACACUGCCAUAUACACAUGUCAGACAAAGAGUGACAAGCAAGAAUUCAAAGUACAGGUGAAAGAAAUCCCAGUGAAGUUUGUCAAAAAGCUUGAAGCUGUUAAUGCAGAGAUUGGAGGCAGCGUCACUUUGACCUGUGAUGUGAGCCAUGCUAAAGGGAGGGUGGUGUGGCGCAGGAACAAAGCAGAGAUCAAGCCCAGCAAGCGUUUCCAGAUUCAUGAGGAGGGGGUCAAGCGAACCCUGACAAUAACAGGGAUCCGGGCUGAGGAUGAGGGAGAAUACUCCUGCGAGUCCAGAGAUGACAAGUGCACCAUUACCAUCACCCCGAAAGCUCCCAGAGUGGUGAAAUUUGUUACCAGUCUCAUCAGCGUGGUCUCUGAGGAAGGAAAAGAGGCUGUGUUCAAGUGCACUGUCUCUCCCAGUGAUGCCGUGGUCACUUGGCUCAGGAAUGGUGUCAAGAUUGAAGCCAGUAAGAAGUAUGUGAUUUCACAUAAGGACGCUAACCACAGCCUCACCAUCACUGAUCUGACACUGGAAGACGCAGCUGAAAUCUCUGCUAAUGCUGAGGGUGUAGAAAGCACAGCCAAUCUCAGGGUCCGAGAGGCCCCGAUCUCAUUCAAGAAGAAACUGGAGCCCAGAACAGUUGAAGAGAAGGACACAGUGACCUUGGAGGUAGAGCUGACCAAGCCUGCAGAGGUGAAGUGGAUGAGGAACAACAUUGUAUUGAAGCCCAGUGAAAAAAUAGAGAUCAAAGCUGAGGGAACAAAACAUAUCCUGGUAGUUAAGGACAUCUCCUUUGCAGACCGGGGCUUCUACUGCUGUGAGAGUCCUGAUGAUAAGACCCAAGCCAAGAUCAAUGUGGAAAUGAGGCAGAUCAAGCUGGUGAAAGGUCUUCAACACCUGGAAGUCCCUGAGAAGGGGACUGUCACCUUCGAAGUGGAGGUGUCACAUGAGGAUGUGGAAGGGACCUGGCAGAAGGAUGGCAUUCGGCUGAACCCUGCAUCGAAUAUCAAUAUUGGUGUUCUGGGGAAGAAACAUUCACUGACUCUUUCUUCAGUGACUCUUGAAGAUGCAGGACUCAUCUCCUUCAAAGCAGAAGGCAUUAUUUCAUCAGGGAGGCUCACUGUUACAGAAUUGCCUGUGAGAAUCAGCAAGCCUUUGGUAGACAUCAGUGUAACUCAGAAGGACAAAGUCAUAUUUGAGUGUGAGCUGUCCAAGCCCAAUGGGGUUGUUAAGUGGUUCAAGGAUGGGAAGGAGCUCCAGCAAAGUAAAAAAGUGGGGAUUAUUUCCCAGGGAACUAAGAGAAGCCUUAUUAUUCACAAGUGUGAAUAUGAAGACCAGGGAACCUAUAUAUGUGAAGUAGCUGAAGAGAAGACAUCAGCUACUCUAAAGGUUCAUGCCCGAGAUAUCAAGAUCGUUAAACCAUUGGAAGAUGUGGAAGUGAAUGAAUUUGAGAGUGCAUCUUUCAUCUGUGAGAUUUCACAUGAUGAGGUUCAAACCCAAUGGUACAAAAAUGACAACAAGCUGAAGGCUGCUGACAAUAUUAAAAUGCGUCAAGAUGGAAAGACCUAUUCACUGACUUACACAUGCGUCCAAGUCAAAGAUGCAGCAGAAAUCAAAUUUGUAGCAGAAAAAGCAGAAUCUCGUGCUCAUCUUACAGUAAAAGAACUUCCUGUAAAAAUUGUGAAGCCUUUGCGAGAUAAGAUUGUUCUUGAAAAACAUCGGGGAUUCCUGGAGUGCCAGGUGUCUCGCGCGAAUGCCAAAGUUCGAUGGUAUAAAAAGGAUGUUGAAAUUCACCCUAGUGACAAAUAUGAAAUCGUGAGCGAUGAUGUCUAUCGGAAACUCAUCAUCAACAAUGCAGAAUAUGAAGAUGAGGACGUAUACACUUGUGAUGCCUUUGAUGACAAAAGCAGUGCUAAUUUCUUUGUUGAAGAGCAAGCCAUUAAUAUUGUAAAGGAGCUGUGUGAUGAAGAUGUGACUGAGCCCGAAGAAGCCAAUUUUGAAUGCGAGAUAUCCAUUCCAUCUGUGAAGCCCCCCAAAUGGUAUCUACAUGGAAAAGUCUUACAGGCAGGCAGAAACAUUAUCAUGUAUCAAGGAGGUACCAUCCACAAGCUGACAAUACUGAAAACAAGUACCGAUAUGACAGGCGUCGUUCAGUUCUCCAUUGGCAAAUCAAAAUCCACAGCAAACCUGCUUGUCAGAGAUUACCACAUCCAGAUCACCAGGAAGAUGGAGGACAAGACAGCUCUGGAGCGCCAUUCAGUCAUCCUGUCUUGUGACUUCAGGCCUUCUCCAAAGGUUGUGAAAUGGUUCAAGGGCCAUGAGCUCAUCGAGCCCUCCGAGAAAUACAAAAUCAAGCGGGAGGAGUAUUCAGCAGAGCUCAAGAUUUUGAAGGUGAAGCCUGAAGAUGCUGGUGUGUACAAGUGCAGGGCUGGAAGCACAGAAACUGAAGCCACACUCACUGUUGAAGCUCGCAAUGUACAAGUACGCAAACACCUGCAGGAUGUGGAAGUUGAAGAAGAGAGCUCCGCUGUCUUCUCCUGCGAGCUUUCCCAUGAUGACGAGGAUGUGGAAUGGUUCCUCAAUGACACCCUCCUCUAUACCAACAAUUUCAAUGACAUCAGGAAUAUUGGCAAUUGCUACACGCUGACAAUGAAGCAGGUCAAGCCUGAGGAUGCUGGCAUAGUGACAAUGAAGUCAGACAAAGUAAAAGAGAGUGUGCGUCUGAAGGUGAUAGAGAAGCCUGCUGUCUUCAUGAAGUCAUUGGACGAUGUUUUUGGUGAGGAGCGAGGUAUUAUUAAACUGGAAUGUGAAGUCUCUAAAGAGAAGGUUGAACCUGUUUGGAAAAAGGAUGGUGUGAAGCUCACAUCUGAUAAUAAGUAUGAGCAGAUACAGUCUGGGAAGACCCUGAGCCUCCUUAUCCAUGACCUUGAAAAGACAGAUGCAGGUUUAUACACCUGUGAUAUUGGCACUGAUGUUGCAAAGUCAAAGGUCAGCGUUCAGGAACUGAACAUUGGCAUCACCAAACGGCUUAAGAACACUGAAAUCCAGGAGGGAGAAGACUGCAGUUUUGAAUGUGUUCUGUCCCAUGAAAGCAUUGAUGACUUCAACUGGACGCUGAAUGGGAAAAAAGUGGAAAGUGGAGGACGAUUUAAAGCCUCUAACAUGGGUCGAAAAUACACACUAAAUAUCAAAAGUGUGACGCUUGAUGAUGCUGGGGAAGUAAUUUUUACUGCCCGUGGUCUAACCUCCAAGGCUUCUCUGGUUGUGAAAGAAAAACCCACUGAGGUUACAAAGCAGCUGGAGGAUAAAACAGAAGCAGCAGGGCAGGACAUCAGCCUGAGUUGUGAAUUGUCAAAACCUGAUAUGAACAUCAGGUGGUACAAGGAUGGCAAAGCAAUCCGAAAAAGUCAGAAAUAUGACUUGCACCAAGAGGGAACACGGGCUAUUCUGAUCAUCCAUGACUCCACAGUCAAGGACAGUGGGGAGUACACUUGUGAGACAGAGACAUCUAAAACGAAAGCCAGGAUCACUGUUCAAGAAAAACCCAAUUAUUUUGUCAAAGAGCUUUCAGAUCUGAAGGUUGAUGAAAGUGGAACUGCAGUCUUUACGUGUCAGAGUGAGAAAGCUGCAUCCUCUGUGGUCUGGCGGAAAGGCAUGGCUGAACUCAGGGCUGGCAGGAAAUAUGAGAUCACACAGAAAGGACAAGUACUGCAGCUGACCAUAAAGAACUUGGAGAAAAGUGACAGUGACACUUACACCUGUGACAUUGGUGAUGCUCAGUCCAGGGCCAAGCUAACGGUGCAAGGACAGAAAGUGCUAAUAACAGAAGACCUGGAAGAUGUCACUGUGUUAGAAGGAGAAUCUGCCAUGUUCAAAUGCAGAAUCUCUCCUGUAGACUAUAGCAAAGUGCAGUGGUUUUUGGAUAAAACCCCACUCCAUACCAAUGAACUUAAUGACAUCCAGUCUCAGCCUGGUGGAUAUCACUUGCUAACAUUGAAAAAACUCUCACUGAAGGACUCGGGGGUCAUUACAUUUGAAGCUGGUGAUAAGAAAACUUCUGCCAGUUUGGUUGUUAAAGAGAAGCCCUGCAUCUUCACAAAGGAGCUGGUUGAUACUGAAGUCACUGAGGGAGAGGAUGUGAUCCUUCACUGUGAAACCUCCAAAUCAGACAGCCCUGUAAAGUGGUGCAAAGAUGGGAAGAGCCUUAGGAAUUCUUCCAAGUAUAACAUCAGUCGGUCGGGAUUUGAAGCCAAGCUUGUCAUUCACAGGGCAGAAGAAAGAGACAGUGGCAGAUAUGAGUGUGAGGCUGGAGCAGCUAGAAGUAGCGCUGUUAUUACUGUCAAGGAAACACCAAUUAUUUUCAAGCAAGAGCUCCAAAAUGAAGAAGCUAAAGAAGGAAAACAAGUCAAGCUGACCUGUGAGCUCAGCAAACCUGAUACCCCUGUGAAAUGGAUGAAAGGAGACACUGUUCUCUAUGCCAGUGAGAAGUAUGAAUUUAAGCAGUAUGGUACUGUGGCGGAGCUCAUUAUUCGGGACGUCAAAUCGAUAGAUUCUGGAGACUAUACCUGCAGCACUGGGGAACAGAAGACCACUGCUCAGGUGAAAGUAAAUGCUGUGCCUGUCCUUUUCAAACAAGCCUUGGAAAACACAGAAAUGGAAGCAGGGAAAUCUGUCUCCUUACGCUGUGAACUCACAAAAGCUGAUGCCACUGUGGUGUGGAAGAAGGGAGAAGCCACACUCCAGGCAAGUGCCAAAUAUGAAAUGAAGCAGAAGGGAACAGUGGCAGAGCUGGUGAUUCAUAAUGCAGAGCCAGAAGAUGCGGGAAGAUACACCUGUGACACGGGAGACCAGCAGACCACAGCCCAAGUCAAAGUCCAUGCUGUCUCUGUGCUUGUUAAAGAAGAGCUGAAGAACGUAGAAGCUGUGGAAGGUGGGACAGCCACCCUGCAAUGCCAGCUGAGCAGAGAGACCCCUGUGGAGUGGAGGAAGGGGCCUACUCUUCUCCGGCCAAGUAACAAGUACAAGAUGAGGCAGGAGGGUACGGUGGCUGAGCUGCUGAUCCACGAUCUGGACCUAAAGGAUGCUGGAGACUAUACAUGUGUAGUGGGGAACCAAAAAACCACAGCAGCUUUGUCAGUAAAUGCCCUGCCAGUCCGUUUCAAGAAAGAGCUGAAGAAUGAGGAAGCCAUGGAGAGCGGGACGGCCACACUGCAGUGCGAGCUGAGCCAGGCAGUGGGCUCAGUUGAGUGGAGGAAAGACGGGAAGGUGCUGAUGCCAGAUAGCAAAUACAAAAUGAGACGGGAAGGACGCUUUGUUGAGCUGGUUAUCCAAGACUUAGACUUGACAGAUGCUGGGAGCUAUACCUGCGUGUGUGGAGACCAGAAGACAACAGCUGCUUUGAGAGUGAAUGCCUUGCCUAUCCUCUUCCAAGAAGAAAUGUUGAACAAGGAAGCUACAGAGGGGGAGACAGUCACUUUGCACUGUAAACUGAGCAAAUCAGCCGUGGUUGAGUGGAGAAAGGGGAAUAUGGUCCUAAAACCAAGUGAAAAAUACAAAAUAGAGCAGGAUGGUCCCUUUGUGGAGCUGAUGAUCCGGGAUUUGGAUUUGGCAGAUGCUGGUGAUUACAGCUGUGUGUGCGGAGAUCAACAGACUACAGCUGCUUUGGCAGUUAAUGUCCUGCCUGCUCUUUUCACCAAAGAACUGACUGAUGAAGAAGCUACAGAAGGUAAAACUGUCACUCUGCACUGUGAGCUGAACAAGGCUGCUGCUAAUGUGGAGUGGAAGAAGGGACUCAAGACCCUCAAAUCAAGUGACAAAUACAAAAUGAAACGUGAAGGUGGCGUUGCUGAGCUUAUAAUUCAAAAUCUAGGUGCAACGGAUGCAGGAAAUUAUUCCUGUGUGUGCGGAGACCAGCAGACGAUGGCAGUUUUAACAGUACAUGCUUUGCCUGCAUUUUUCAAAGAAGGAUUGAAGAACAGAGAAGCCACAGAUGGUGCAACAGCCACUCUGCACUGUGAGCUGAGCAAGGUCGGUGUCCCAGUGGAGUGGAAAAAAGGGGACAAAACACUCAAACCAAGUGAUAAGUAUAGGAUGAGACAAGAAGAUACUGCUGCAGAGCUGUUGAUCCGAGAUCUGGAGGUAGAAGAUACAGGAGAAUAUACCUGUGUGUGCGGAGAUCAGAAGACCUCAGCUGUCUUGACAGUCCAUGCUUUGCCUGCACUGUUCAAAAAAGAGCUUGUCAAUAUAGAAGCCACAGAAAACAAGACAGCUGUUCUACAGUGUGAGCUAACUAAAUCCACCCCAGUGGAGUGGAGAAAGGGGCUAAAGGUCCUCAAGCCUAGUGAGAAGUACAAAAUGAGACUGAAGGAUACCAUUGCUGAGCUGACAAUCCAUAGCCUGGAGGAACAAGAUGCAGGAGAUUACACAUGCGUGUGCGGAGACAAGAUGACUACUGCAUCCCUGACAGUGCAUGCCCUUCCUCCACAUUUUAAAAAGGAGUUGAAGAACAUGGAAGCCACAGAAAAUGGUACAGCCACUUUCUGCUGUGAGCUGAGCAAGCCCGUAGCUGCUGUGGAAUGGAGGAAAGGAGACAGAGCCCUGGAGACAAAUGACAAGUUCACCAUGAAAUGCGAGGGCACAGUUGCUGAGCUGAUGAUCUGUGAUUUAGAUCUGACAGAUGCUGGAGAUUACACAUGCUGUUAUGGAGAUCAGAAAACCACUGCUGUGCUAAAAGUGAAUGCCUUGCCUGCACACUUCAAGACAGAGAUGAAAGAUGAAGAAGCCACUGAAGGUGGAACAGCCACUCUACAAUGUGAGCUAUCUAGGACUGCCUCUGUGGAGUGGAAAAAGAAACACAAAGUACUCAAAUCAAGUGAAAAAUAUACUAUGAGACAGGAAGGUACUACAGCACAGCUGCUGAUCCAUACUUUAGAAGUCAAGGAUGCUGGGGAGUAUACCUGUGUGUGUGGAGAUGAGAAGACUACUGCAGCACUGACAGUGCAUGCCCUUCCUGCUCUCUUCAAAGAAGAGUUAAGAAAUGAGGAAGCCAUGGAGGGUAAAAUAGUCACUCUGCGCUGUGAGCUGACCAAGACUGCUUCAGUGGAGUGGAAAAAAGGGGACACAGUACUCAAACCUAGCGAGAAAUACAAAAUGAGGCAGAAGGAUGUCACUGCAGAACUGGUGAUCCAUAAUCUAAAUGAGAGUGAUGCUGGUGAUUAUACCUGCAUGUGUGGAGAUGUGCAGUCCACAGCUUCCUUAGCAGUACACGUGCUGCCUGCACGCAUCAAGGAGAGCCUGAAGGAUGAGGAGGUUACAGAAGGUCAAGCAGCCACUCUGCGCUGCGAGCUGACCAAGGUUGCUCAAGUGGAGUGGAGAAAGGGAAGUAGUUUGCUCAAAGCCAGCGACAAAUACAAAAUGAGGCAGGAGGGCACAGUCAUGAAGCUGCUUAUUCAUGAUGUAGAAAUGAAAGAUGCUGGAGAAUACACUUGUGUGUGUGGAGAACAGGAGACUACAGCUGCCUUGAUAGUGCAUGCCCUGCCUGCACGUUUCAAAGAGGAACUGAAGGACCUGCAAGCCAUGGAAAGGCAAACAGUCACUCUGAGCUGUGAGCUGACCAAGGCUGCAGAUGUCCAAUGGAAGAAAGGAAACACCAUAAUCAGGGCAAGUGAAAAAUAUGUCAUGCGGCAGGAUAAUGUCCUUGCUGAGUUGCAAAUUUGUGAUCUGGAGCUGCAGGAUGCUGGAGAUUACACCUGUGUGUGUGGAGACCAACAUACCAUGGCUUCUCUGACAGUGAAUGCCCUGCCAGUGUUUUUUAAGGAAGAGUUGAAGAAUGAAGAAGUCCAAGAAGGAACAUCAGUCUCCCUGCAUUGUGAAUUAACCAAAGCAGCUCCAGUGCAGUGGAAAAUAGGGUCCAAAGUGCUCAAAGCAAGUGACAAAUUUCAAAUGAGACAAUCUGGCACCACUGCAGAGUUGGUCAUUCACGAUCUAGAAGUAGAAGAUGCUGGAGAUUACACCUGUGUGUGUGGUGACCAGAAGACAACAGCAACUUUGACAGUUCAUGCUCUGCCACCACUCUUUAAGGAAGAGCUAAAGGACAAGGAAGCAGAAGAAGGUGGAAAAGUUGCCCUGCGUUGUGAGCUCACCAAGGCGGCUCCGGUGGAGUGGCGAAAGGACCAGAGGAUUCUCAAAGCAAGUGAGAAAUGCAAAAUGAGGCAGGAAGGGACAAAGGCAGAGCUGGUGAUUCAUGAACUAGCUGAGGAGGAUGCAGGAGACUACACCUGUGUGUGUGGAGAGCAGCAGACUACAGCUGUCUUAACAGUACAGGCUGUGCCACCAUUUUUCCAAGAAGAAAUGACCAGCAAGGAAGCAGUAGAAGGUGGAACAGCCACUCUGCAGUGUGAGGUCAGCAAGACAUCUGCCUGUGUUCAUUGGAAGAAGGGCCACCGCCUCCUCACUUCGGACACCAAGUACAGCAUGAGACAGGAAGGCUGUGUUGUGCAGCUGGUAGUUCACAAUUUAGACUUGAACGAUGCUGGAGAUUAUACCUGUGUGUGUGGAGACAAGACCACCACAGCUGCCUUAACAGUGCAUGCACUGCCUCCAGAAUUCAAGAAAGACCUGAAAGACUUAGAAGCUGUAGAAAGUGGGACAGCUACUCUGCUAUGUGAGUUGACUAAGCCUGCUGUGGUGGAGUGGAAGAAAGGGCAGGAGGUGCUCAAAGCAAGCAGCAAAUAUGAAAUGAGUCAAGAUGGUGCUGUUGCAAAGCUGAUUAUCCAUGAGCUGGAUGUGGAGGACACUGGAGAUUACACUUGUGUUUGUGGAGAUCAGCAGACAACUGCCACUCUGACGGUCAAUGCCCUACCAGCACUUUUUAAACAAGAGCUUCAGAAUACUGAGGCAGAAGAAGGUGGUACAGCAUCACUGAGGUGUGAGCUUACCAAACCCAACACUUCAGUAGAGUGGAGGAAAGGAGAUACUACUCUCUACCCUGGUCUGAAAUAUGAGAUGAAGCAGCACGGCUCUGCUGCUGAAUUGGUCAUUCAUGACUUAGAAUUGGAUGAUUCAGGAAAGUACACCUGCAGCACUGGACAUCAGCAGACAACAGCUGUGGUAACCAUACAUGAACUGCCUGUCACAUUUAAGCAACCCCUACAAAAUAAAGAAUCAGAGGAAGGAAGCACAGCUACAUUCUGCUGUGAGCUCUCGAAGCCCAGUGCUGGAGUGGAAUGGAGGAGAGGAGGAGUGGGGUUGCAGCCCAGCCAGAAAUAUGAAAUGAGGCAGAGGGAAUGCCUGGUAGAGCUCUUAAUACAUAAUCUGAAAUUAGAAGAUACAGGAGAAUACAGCUGUGAUACUGGGGAUCAGGAAACUAAGGCAUCUUUAAAUGUGAAAGCUCUGCCGAUUCUUUUCAAAAAGGAGCUGAAAAACAAGGAGGCCGAAGAAGGAGCUGAGGUGAAAUUCCAGUGUGAGCUGACAAAGGACAAUGCAACAGUGGAGUGGAGGAAAGGCACCAUGGAGAUCUUCCCGUGUGCCAAAUAUGACAUUAAAUUAAGUGGUCGCACAGCUGAACUUGUGAUUCAUAAUGUAGAACCAGAAGAUGCCUCUGAUUACACAUGUGAUACUGGAGACCAGCAGAGCUCAGCGAUCCUCAGAGUGAAUGCUAUCAAACCCCAUCUGAAGCAGCAGCUGAAGAAUGAAGAAGUGGAAGUGGGAGGAAUGGCCAGGCUGCGCUGCGAGAUUUCCAUUAGCAAAGCAGAAGUGGAGUGGAGGAAAGACGGAGUCCUCCUUCACUCAAGCUCUAAGUAUGAAAUGUGGCAAGACGGCACCCUCCGUGAGCUGCGUGUUCACCACCUGGAGCCUGGUGAUGCUGGAGAGUAUUCUUGCAAGGCUGGAGAUGAGACGAGCUCUGCAAAACUGACUGUGAAAGAGCCUGAUGUAACCAUUGUGAGUGGCCUAAAGGACAUGGUGGUGUUCGAGGGGGAUGAUGUAACGUUUCGGUGCCAAGUUUCUCAUGAGAAUGCAAGGGAUGUUGAAUGGAAGCUACAGGAUGUUGCUCUGCAAAAUAAUGAAAUGAAUGAGAUCUCAGUGGAAAAAGGAAAGAUUCACACUCUAACGUUAAGGAAGGUGACUGAGCAUGACAUUGGCACUGUCACUUUCCGAGUGGGACCCCACAUGUCAACAGCAGAGCUCAUGGUAAAAGUGCCACCUCCAGUCUUUAAGGAGAAAUUACAGAGCAUAGAACUAAAGGAAGAAGAAACAGCCAUCCUCCGCUGUGAGAUCUCCCAGGCUAAUGCUGUGGUGGUGUGGAAGAAGGGCACUCAGGUGAUUUCACCAAGCUCCAAGUAUGAAAUCAGACAGGAAGGAACAAUCCAUAUUUUAAAGAUUUAUCACUUAAACCCAGAAGACUCUGGCAAAUACACCUGUGAUAAUGGAAAUGAACAAACAACAGCCACUUUAACUGUCAAAGCUUUGCCAGUAACCUUCACGCAACCACUCCAGAACCAGCAAGGUGAAGCAGGUGGCACCAUCACUUUGAGCUGUGAAAUCUCAAAAUCAAAUGGCACUGUGCAGUGGAAGAGGGCCGGGACAGUGCUGCGACCAAGCAACAAAUACAAGAUGCAUCAAGCUGGAUCUAUGGCUGAGCUGACAAUUCACAACCUGAGUGAAGCUGAUUCUGGGGAAUACAUGUGUGACACAGGGGACCAGCAAACUACUGCAUCUGUGCUUGUGAAAGAACCAGCAGCCACCAUAGUCGAGAUGCUGAAGGAUGUCACUUCGUGUGAAGGAGAAGACGCAGUGUUUGAAUGCAGGCUGUCCAGAGAAACAACUCAAGAGGCCCAGUGGUUCCUGGGGGAUGUUCCCCUGCAAUCCAAUGAAAUGAAUGAGAUCAGAGUCCAAGGGACACAUCACACUUUGAUCCUGAGGAAGGUGACACUAGAAGACUGUGGUCCCAUCAGUUUCAAAGUGGGGCAGCAUACCACAACAGCACAGCUAACAGUCCAAGUUGCUGCAGUCACAUUUGUGAAGCCACUCCACAGCUUGGAGCUACAGGAGGGUGGCACAGCUCAGUUGUCCUGUGAAGUGUCUAAGCCUGAUGUCCCAGUGGAGUGGAAGAAAGGCACAUCAGUGAUCCGCUCCAGCCAGAAGUGCAGCAUCAAGCAGGAGGGGAAUGUGCACACGCUGGUCAUUCAUGAUUUGAACCAUGCGGACUCAGGGGAGUAUAGCUGCCACACAGCUGAUGGGAAGACCACUGCCAGGCUAGAGGUUAAAGCCCUGCCUGUGCUUUUCAAACGCUGGCUGAAAAACGAGGAGGUGGAGGAAGGUGGCACAGCCAUGCUACACUGUGAGCUGACAAAACCCAAUGCACCUGUGGAAUGGAGGAAAGGAGAUAGGGUGCUGCAGUCAAGUGACAAAUAUGAGAUCCGACAAGAGGGGACACGCGUUGAGCUCCUCAUCUAUGAUGCUGAGGCUCAGGAUGCUGGCGAUUACACAUGCGAUUCAGGGGAUCAGCAGACCACUGCAUCAUUGCAAGUCAAAGUACUACCUGUGUUGUUUAACGAAGAGCUGAAAAACGUAGAGUCUGAAGAAGGGGGAACAGCUGUCUUACGCUGUGAGAUCUCCAAACCUGAAGCCCCUGUUGAGUGGAGAAAAGGAGGGGUGGUCAUUCAGCCCAGUGACAAGUACGAGAUGAAGCUGAAAGGCAGAAUUGCUGAGCUGAUCAUCCAUGGUGUAGAGCCUGAUGACUGUGGGGAUUAUACCUGUAGCACUGGAUAUGAGAUCACUACAGCUUCUGUGUAUGUGCAAGAAGAAGCAGCAGUCAUAGUUUCUGGUUUAAAGAACACAGAUGUCUUUGUGGGUGAGUCAGCCACGUUCACCUGCGAGCUCUCACACCCGGGCGUGAAGAACGUGCAGUGGUGGCUUGAUGGAUCUCCCCUUCACAACAACUUUGUGACUGAAAUCUCUGAGCAGGAUGGGAUAAUCCACACUUUAACCCUAAAUGACGUGGCGUGCCAUGACUCUGGCACUGUCACCUUCAGAGCUGGGUCCCUUAUAUCUACAGCUAAAUUAUUAGUCAAAGAUCCAACCAUUGAAGUGGUCAGUCCCAUGCAGGAUAUAACUGUUGAUGAAGAUGGCACAGCAGAGUUCAUAUGCCAAUAUUCUAGGCCAGUGCACGCCAUAUGGAAGAAAAAUGAUCAGGAAAUACAUGCAGAUGGGCAGCGAGUGAUUAUCGAUCAGGAUUGGAAUGUAAGCAUGCUAAAAAUUAAACCUACGGUACCAGAAGACACUGGCAUCUAUUCAUGUGAAGCUGAAGGCAUUAAAGUGAUGGCUACACUUGAUGUUCAAGCUAAGAACAGCAUUGUCCAGGGCUUGGAGAAUGUGGAAACUGUGGAAGGAGGGGAAGCCCUGUUUGAAUGCUAUCUUUCCAAGCCCGAGUGCUACAAUUACAACUGGUUGAUUGAUGAUGAACCUGCCAAAACUACAGAAAACACUGAAAUGGUUUACUUUGAAAAUGGGCUCAGGCAUCUUCUGCUGCUGAAGAACCUAACUCCCCGGGACAGUUGCAGGGUGACUUUUAUGUGCAGCGACGCAGUGACCUCAGCCUUCCUGACAGUGAAAGAAUGGCGCCUACAGAUUUUGCAGCCUCUCACAGAUGUAGAAGUCCCUCUGGGGGAGAAAGCUACAUUUAGUUGUGUUCUAAGUGAAGCUGUGCCAAUUACGGAAGUUGCCUGGUAUAGUAAUGAUAUAGAGAUCCAGUCAGAUGAGGACUGGGAGGUACAAGCAGAUGGAAACAAAUACAAACUUAUUCUGAAAAAUGCCCAACCGCAUCAUUCUGGAGAGGUGACUUUUGCUUCGAGGGAAGCAAUUGCAUCAGCCAAGUUAUCUGUGAUAGCCCACCCAGAUCCACCUGAAGAACCAGAAGUUUUAAGUAAGAACAGCCACUCUGUAACUCUGUCUUGGUACAAGCCAUUGAGCGAUGGUGGUUGUGACAUCCUAGGCUACAAUGUGGAGAAGAAAAUCCCAGGUAUUGGCUGGCAGUCAUGCAGCAAGGGCAUUAUUCAGAACACGGAGUUUAUGGUGGACAAUCUCACCCCAGGUGAACCCUACAGAUUCCGCGUUUCAGCUAUAAACAAAGUUGGGGCCAGUGAGCCGGUGCACUUCCCUCAGAUGGUGCAGCUAGAACCUCCAGUUACAGUCACCCAUCCUUUAGUGGGAGGAUCAGUCUCAGAAGGAGAGGUGGCUCGCUUGGAGUGCAAAUUAUCAAGUGAAACUGAAAAGAAAGUUACAUGGUUCAAAGGAAAAGAACAAAUACGAGCUGGAGGGAGAUACGAGAUCCUCUCUGAUGGGAAAAAGCAGAUACUCAUUAUUCAUGCAUUUAAACCUGAAGAUCAGGACACAUAUACCUGCAUGGUUUCUCCAGAAGUCAAAUCUGUUGCCAGCUUGUGUCUUGAACUUCCCACAGUGUCAAAGCUUAAAGAGAGUGUCAAGGAAGCACCCCCUGCAAGUCAACCAGAAGAGCUGGUGGAUGGCCAUGUCCAGCCCAGCUUGCCCCCUGAGGCUGCUCAAGAGGGAGAUCUUCACCUUCUGUGGGAAGCCCUGGCCAAGAAGCGACGGAUGAGCCGGGAGCCCACUUUGGAUUCCAUCAGCGAGGUGCCUGAAGAGGAUGACAAGCUUCAGAAGUUGAGGAAGGAGGAGGCAGAGAUGUCUCACUAUUACUCAGAGGAGUACUCCACAUGUGAUGAGCUUGCUAGGACAGGAGAAGCAGAUUUCUCUUUCACAAGCUCAGAUGAUGAAUCUAGAGCUGGGACUCCUUCACUAGUAAACUACCUCAAGAAGGCAGGGAAGAGAAAUAUUAGUGUUACUAGCAAGGUUCAGUCCAUCUCCACAGGCAAAUUAUGGAAGCAGUGGGAGGAAUCCAGCGUGGAGGCUGUUCUGGCUGCCCCAGCUGCUAAGCCAUCUGAAUCAGAAAUGCCGGAUUUAGACGACCCUUCCAUGAACAAGGCUGCUGUGAAGAUCCAAGCUGCUUUCAAAGGCUACAAAGUCAGAAAAGAGAUCAAACAACAAGAGUGCCCAGUGUUUACUGAGACCUUCAAAGAUUUCUCUGGUGAGCCUGGAAGCACUCUUCAUCUUGAGUGUGUGGCCCACAGCAAAACUGACAUGAAAGUCAGUUGGCUGAAAGAUGGGGAAGAGCUUUCAGAUGGUCGCUACUAUCACAUAGACAAUUACUCUGAUGGAACCUGCUCUUUGAUUAUCACUGGCCUGGACAGGAAAGAUGCAGGUAAAUACACCUGUGAAGCAUCCAAUAAAUUUGGCAAGGUUUCACACAGUGCUAAGGUGGUUAUUGGCACUCAGGAACCUCAUGUUCUUCAUAAGGAGGAGCAGGCUAAACACAGCACUGACAGUGAGACAGAGAGCUCGUCUGGCAGUGAGCUGGAUGAUGCUUUCCGUAAAGCAGCACGGAGACUUAAUAGACUCUUCAGGGCCAAGAUCUCAACUGAGAUAUCUGAUGUGGAGGAAGAGCUCUUUGUCAGUGCAGAUGAAGGGGACAUAGAUGUGGUUGACCAUCAGACAUAUCGUGAGGAUGACCAGUACAUCUACAUUAAGUUUGAAAUCUUGUCUGAGGCAAAAACUGCUGCCACUCGAUUCAGAGAGAUGUUUGGUGCUCUGGGGAUUCCUGUGGAGAUUGACAUUUUGGAGCAAAGCCCUAAAAAAGUUGAAUUACGCAUCGGGAAAGCAACACCACCCACCCAUGGGAAGUUUGCACCACCAUUAGCGAGACCUCCACCACCUUUGCUGACUUCUGAUACAGCUCCCAUGUUUCUGACUGAGCUCCAAAACCAAGAAGUACAAGAUGGAUAUCCAGUCAGCUUUGACUGCAUUGUCGUUGGCAAACCACUUCCCACAGUUCGCUGGUUCAAGGAUGGGAAAGCUAUUGAGGAAAAUGAUCAUUACAUGAUCAAUGAGGACCAGGAAGGGUGCCAUCAGCUGAUCAUCACAGCUGUAGUCCCCACAGACAUGGGUGUUUACCGUUGCCUUGCUGAAAACAACAUGGGAGUUGCUUCAACCAAGGCUGAGCUUCGAGUGGACUUGACCAGCACUGACUAUGAGACAGCAGCAGAUGCAACUGAGACGUCUUCUUACUACAGUGCCAAAGAAUAUAUUUCAAGCCGAGAACAGGAGGAGUCUACCACUGAGGAGGAGCAAUUGCCCCAGAUCUUUGAUGAGCUUCAUGAUAUUCAUGUGGCACCUGGAGCAUCACUGGCUAAAUUUCACUUGAAGGUGAAAGGGUACCCGCAGCCGCGUCUGUAUUGGUUCAAAAAUGGACAGCCGUUAAAGGCCUCAGAUCGCAUCCUGAAGACUGAUAAACAGGAAUUCCAUUCACUGGAAAUUCGCAAUGUCACUAAGGCAGAUGCUGGUCAGUACUCAACAUUUGUCAUCAACUCUGCUGGUUCUGCAUAUUCAUCAGCAAGGCUGGUAGUCAAAGGUCCUGAUGAGGAAGAAGAGCCAUCGGAAACAGAUUCCCACGAGCAGCUGAUACCACCACGGUUCCUUGAAAGAUUUACUAAUAAAAAGGUGAAAAGAGGUGCAAGCAUCACAUUAUCUGUAAAAGUUGAAGGACAUCCACCACCAACUAUUACUUGGCUAAAAGAAGAGUCUCGGGAAGACAUCCUGUGGAUCAAACCAGAAACUCCUGGAUAUAAACUUGCCAGUUCAAAUCUGCAUCACAGUCUGAUCCUGUUGGAUGUCAAAAGGAAGUACAGUGGAGCUUAUACAUGCAUUGCUACCAACAAGGUUGGCCAGUCCAUCUGCACAGCCACCGUGGAAGUUUCGGAUGUGAAAGAGGCCGAAGUUCUGACCCAGGAGCGUGUGAUGGUGUCGGAAGCCAUCAUGACCACACUGGGAGAUAUUCAAUCCUCUGAAACAAGAGAAGGAGACUUCGAAGGUGGUAGAGAAGGUGUACCCAAAAGCCCUAUUUCAUUAGCUGAUGUUGGCUCAGAAGAGUUCUUUCAGAAACUCACUUCACAUAUCUCAGAAAUGGUAUCUGCAAAACUAAAUCAAGCUAAGCUUCGAGUGCCUGGUGCAGAAAGUGAUGAUGAGUCAAAAACACCCUCUGCAUCACCUCGCCAUGGCCGAUCCAGACCUUCCUCUAUUGUUCAGGAGUCCUCCUCUGAAUCUGAAGAUGGGGAUUCCAGAGGAGAGAUCUUUGAUGUCUACAUGGUCACAGCUGACUAUUCGCCUGCCACACCUGACAAGGAGGCCAUCACUUUGAAGGAAGGUCAAUAUGUAGAAGUCCUCGAUUCAGCUCAUCCUCUGAAAUGGCUGGUCAGGACCAAACCCACAAAAUCUAGCCCCUCUCGACAGGGUUGGGUAUCUCCAGCUUACCUGGACAAGAAGUUAAAGUUGUCACCAGAGUGGGGAGCAACAGAAGCUCCUGAGUUCCCUGGAGAAUUUGUUUCUGAAGAUGAAUAUAAAAGGAAGCUAAGUGUUCUUAUUCAAGAGCUGUUGAUCUCAGAAGAAGAUUACAUUCAAGAUCUACAGUUCCUCCUGACUCAUCACCUUAAGUACACGGAGACCUGUUCCAAUGUCCCAGGAGCCGUUGCUAGUCAGAAAUCCACCAUCUUCAGAAAUAUUGAUGACAUUGCUCGCUUCCAUUCCAGUGUCUUUCUCCGAGGCUUGCAGAAAUGCGACACUGAUGAUGAUGUGGCCAUGUGCUUUAUCAAGAGUGAAGCAGAAUUUAAUAAGUACAUUCAGUACCUGGUGGGGAGGGUACAGGCUGAGUCAAUUGUUGUCAGCAAAGCUGUCCAGGAUUUCUACAAGAGAUACACAGAUGAAAUUUUAACCAAUGAAGAUCCUUCACAGCCACUUAUCCCACCACUGCAGCACUACCUGGAAAAACCCAUAACCAGAAUUCAGCAGUAUCAGACUAUAAUCAAGGAAUUAAUCCGAAACAAAGCAAGAAACAGCCAAAACUGCACUUUGUUGGAGCAGGCUUAUGCCAUUGUGUCUGCACUCACCCGAAGAGCAGAAAACAACCUCCAUGUCUCACUCAUUGAGAAUUAUCCAGGCACCCUGGAAAGCCUUGGUGAACCCAUCCGACAGGGCCACUUCAUUGUAUGGGAAGGAGCUCCAGGAGCUAGAAUGGCCUGGAAAGGCCACAAAAGACAUGUCUUCCUCUUCAAAAACUACAUUGUGAUCUGCAAACCAAAACGGGACACAAGGACAGACACCUACAGUUACAUCUUCAAGAACAUCAUGAAGCUGAACAACAUAGAUGUGAAUGACCUUGUGGAAGGUGAUGAUCGGGCAUUUGAGAUCUGGCAUGAACGGGAAGAUUUGGUCCGCAAGUACCUUCUUCAGGCACGUACAGUGAAUAUCAAGAACUCCUGGGUAAAGGAGAUCUGUGGCAUACAGCAGCGGAUCAGUGAGCCUCUCUGGAUACCUCCAGACUUUGAGGAAGAACUAGCAGACUGCACAGCUGAGCUGGGGGAGACAGUCAAGCUGGCCUGCAAAGUUACAGGAGCUCCCAAGCCAUCUGUCAGCUGGUACAAAGAUGGAAAGCCUGUGGAGGUGGAUCCCCAUCACAUUAUUAUAGAAGAUCCUGACGGCUCCUGCACCUUGAUCUUGGACAACCUAACAGGCGUUGACUCAGGACAGUACAUGUGCUUUGCUUCCAGUCCUGCUGGAAAUGCCAGUACUUUAGGGAAGAUCCUUGUUCAAGUGCCACCACGGUUUGUGAACAAGGUUAGAAAUGCUUAUUUGAUUGAGGGUGAAGAUGUUCAGUUUACCUGUACUAUCGAAGGAGCACCUAGGCCUCAAAUCAGGUGGUACAAAGAUGGUGUGUUGUUGAAGGACACAAAUAAAUACCAGUCUUUCAGUGAACCACGGAGUGGAAUGGUAGUCCUGGUGGUCAAGAACCCUUCCAAUGAAGACAUGGGACACUAUGAAUGUGAGCUGGUGAACAGAUUAGGGUCUGCAAAAAGUGGGGCAGAACUUUACCAUCACAGUGCUGCAGCCCUGACACAGGAGAGGAGAGGAGACCAAGCCAUUACUAUAGAAGGAAUGACUUUCCCACAGUCAGAGAUGGAGACUUCUGUCCAGGCCUCACUUCAGCGGGCUAAUAAGGAGAUCAAGAAAGCUCUAAAGAAACUUGUGGACACAGCAUCAAUGCUGGUGACUCUUCCCCCGGGCAUGCAAGAAGAAACUGGUGACCUUGGCCUUCCUCAGUACAUUCCUUCAGACCACUCAGAAACAGCAGCUCGGCCCUCUGGGGUAGUUCAUGAAGCCAGCACCCAAACUCAGACUGCUGGAGGGCAUGACAAAGCACAAAGGCAGAUUCCAGCUGAAGAACCAAGUGUGCCAAAGCCCACUCCCAGUCCUUACAGUGAAAAGACAGCUGAUGGUGAGGAAAGCACUCAGGAGCGUACUGUUCCUAUUACCAGAACAUCACCAGGGACAGGAGACUGGUACAGAAGAGAAGGAGAUGUGGUCUGGGAUGUACACAGUGAAGUUUAUAUUGAGACCACAGAAAGAACUUGUGUGUAUAAGACUGAGGAUAAGACCCCAACAAGUCCUCCCUAUAUGCAAGUGACAAUAGAGGAUGUGCAGGUUAAUUCUGGUGAGCGUGCCAAAUUUCAGGCAGUCAUUGAAGGAACCCCUCAGCCCACCGUUUUGUGGUUUAAGGGCACUUCGCUGCUGACAGACAGCAACAGGCUCCAUCAAGGGAAUGAAGGAACAAUGUAUUUCUUAGUUAUUGAUGAUGCCGUCUUGCAAGAUGGUGGUAUUUAUACCUGCGUUGCCAAAAAUGCUGGAGGGGAGGUUUUGUGCAAAGCAGAGCUUAUCGUACGUGAAGCUAAGAAAGACCAAGCAGCAAAGAAGGUGGCCACAAGGAGAAAGCUCCAUUCCCUGUAUGAGGUUAAGCAGGAGAUUGGAAGGGGCUGCUUCAGCUUUGUGAAACGAGUUGUACACAAGGGGAACAGAGUGUCUUGUGCUGCCAAAUUCAUACCUCUGCGAAGCAAAACGAAGGCUCGAGCACAUCAGGAGAGGGAUAUUCUUGCCUCUCUGUCCCAUGACAGAAUUACUAGGCUCCUGGAUCAGUUUGAAACACGGAAAACACUGAUUUUGAUUCUGGAGUUAUGCUCCAGCGAAGAGCUCCUUGACCGUUUGUUUAAGAAGAGUGUUGUCACUGAAGCAGAGGUCAAAUUGUAUAUCAAGCAAAUUUUGGAAGGAAUCAAAUAUCUUCAUGACAACAACAUCCUUCAUUUGGACAUUAAGCCACUGAAUAUCCUCAUGGUUUAUCCUGAAAGGGAAGACCUUAAGCUCUGUGACUUCGGAUUUGCUCAGAAGAUCAUGCCCUUUGAGCCCCAGUUCAGCAAAUAUGGAUCCCCAGAGUUUGUUGCCCCAGAAAUUGUUACUCAAUCUCCAGUGUCAAAAGCAACUGAUAUCUGGGCUGUUGGAGUCAUCACAUAUUUGAGCCUAACAUGCAAGUCUCCAUUUGCUGGAGAGAACGACAGAGCAACCCUUCUAAAUAUCCAAAAUGGGGAAAUUUCAUGGACCAUUCCUGAUUUUGUUCACUUGACUGAAGAUGCAAAGGACUUUAUGAAAAGGAUCCUACAGCAGCACCCCAAAGCCCGGCCUAGUGCCUUGGACUGCCUUUCACACAAGUGGUUCAUGCAUAAUCCCCCCCUUGAAGCAGCUCAUUUCAUUAAUACGAAGCAGCUCAAAUUCAUUGUGGCUCGGAGCAAGUGGCAGCGGUCUCUGAUGUGCUAUAAAUCCAUACUGGUAAUGCGAUCUAUCCCAGAAAUCCUAGAAAGGACUCAUGAUAACACCUCCCUGGCCAUCUCCCGACAUCUUAUUGAAGAAAGCACUUCAUCCAGUACCAGUGGCUCCUCUUCAGACAAUGAAAAUUCCAGUUUCCCCAAGAAGAGGCACUUUGGCUCUACACCUGAACUCCAUUUGUCCAUAUUUGACACACCAAGCCACCAGGAGCGUCCAAAACAUGCAAGUGAAGAGAAGCACUCUGAGAUCUCAGUCCCUCCAGUAAAACCUAUAAGGAGGAAGUAUGCUUCAGCAAAAGCUGAGGUGAGGGAAAAAUCAGCUACAGAAAGCCAAGAGCUCAUGGCAAGUAUCUUAACGCAGAAAGAGGAGGGGCUCCAUCCCAGACUUCAAGAUGAAAGAGCAGAGCAGUCCCAAAGAAGUGGUGCUACUGAGCCUUCAUCAGUGAGGACUUCCACAGAAAGCACUUUACCUCUAUGUCAGAAAGAAAAAACAGAUGUAUUUUUACCUGACAAGGAGAGAGUUGAAAAAGCAGAAGAUGGAACAGAAAAGCCAUCCGUCUGUGUUCCUAGACAGAGUGUCAUUAAAAGCACUUUCUACAGCCAAGCAGCUGAGUUACCUGCAAGGGCGCCUUCCUCACCAGGCAGGGAGUUUAGGAGGCAUCUGGACAGAGCCAGAAGGACUUUCCGGAAGGCUGGAUAUUCAAAGGUGCCCCUCAGUGGUCUCCGUGAACCCCUUCUAGAGCAGUUUGAACUGGAAGAAGAAGAAGAAGGAAAGUCUGAUUAUGGAGGUGAUCACAGGGAAAAUCUGCUUGGUUCCUUGACCAAAUCAGCUUCAUUUGAUACUGCAAGGAAACCACCACAUCCUGCCAUUGCUGGUGCUAGCCGAAGCCGUUCCCUGGAUGACUACAGGCUGAGAGCCUCAAGAUCACUGAGGGAAGAAGAUAUUUUGGAAGAAGACUGUGAUGUAUUGCCACAGGAAAGUUGCCCUGAAGGCAGUGGCCACUGUGACAUUUCUGCAGUGCCUGGUAAGGGAUGUUCUGUAGACACUUCAAAGCAAGAGGACUUAAGGAGAGUAAGCAAGGAUUGUUCAGAAGAGAAGCCCCCUCCUUCUACACAAUGUGAGGGUAACGAGUGUCCAACAGUUUUUGUGCAACAGCUAGAGAGACUUCCAGUGUCACCUCAUAGGAGCGAGAAUAGGAAACCUUUACUGAAGAAGUCAAAAGCUACUUAUAUUGAGGAGGAAAUUGAUGAUUUGGAAGGCAAAAGCCCCAUUCUAACUGCCCAGUGCUCAGAUGUAGCUGCAUCAUCAGCUCAAAACCAUGAAAGCAUGCAGAGUGAACAUCAGGUGUCUGAGCAGCACCAGACUUCCUGUCCCAGUGGCAAGGUUUCUGAUGAUCUGGAAGGUGGACCUCCAAGUGUCUUAACUGCUUCUCCAAUACAAGUUGCUCCAGCUUCAAUCUAUGAGCUAGAACAUGAGGAAUAUCCCAAGGUUCAUGGUGAGGGUAGAGGUGUUGCCUUAGAAAGGGGAAGCUGUGAUGCUGGAAAGACUGUCCCACCAUCGCUCCAUAGGGAUAAAAGACAGGAGCUUUCACAUCACAGGUCUUCUUUUUACAGUGAUGAGGAAUCUGCUGCGCUGGAGGGCUUAGUGGAUGAGAUGGUUUCCCUCUCUGAAGAGAUGAAUGUUUGGGCAGAUUCAGUUUCUAGUGAGGAGGAAAAUAGAAGGAACAUCUCUCCUCACACAGAAAUGGUCUACCAAGGUAGCCAAACACCCACAGAAAUGUCCUUCCCUUCUGUACAAGGAGGUAAAAGUGGAGAAACCUCUGAGCUGAACCUUGCAGAACCCUAUCCUGUCAUGAGUACAGAGUCAAUGGUUCUGGAAGGGCAGGGAGCACAGAUGGUUCCUCAUGAAUGUGAGCAUCUGGAGGACUUGGCAUUUGAAAGUGCCACUUCUAGCCAAGCGAGUGUUUCCUCAACAGAUAGCUUGGACACUGGAAAAAGACACAGUCAAGUGCCAGUGAGACAGGACACUGUUAAACAUCCAGAAGUUUCUUUAGUGAAAAUCAAAGACCUGUCAGACGAAACACCCAGCCUUGGCAGUGGAACUCCAAAAUUUGACAUAUCAGAAGUAGAGCCUGCCUAUUUGAAUUUCUCUGACUUGUAUGACAUUGUCUAUUUUCCAUUUGAAUUUAUGAACUAUAGGAAGGCUCCACCCAAACCAACUGGUAGACGGUUUAUUCCUUUUGGGGAAAGGGCAAGAUCCCCUCCUGCAGGACAUCUGCAUAAGGAUAAAAGGCUGUGCAUCAGAGAACAGGCAGAGGACAAGAAAAGGAAGAACCAUCUGGAAAUAUCUGAGGAUUCAAAGCCAACUAACUUAUUAGCCACUGGGAAAGGGUCAGAGAGUCAUAAGGAAAUGUAUGGCCCCCAAAAGGACUCAAGUGGUAAGCAGAAAAGUUCUGUCUACAGCAAGCCAGGACUCUUUAAGCCAUAUGCAAGGUCUCAGUCAGUGGAGCAGCCAGUGGAGCACAGUCUGAAGAAGAAAGUAAAAGCUUCUGUUGCCCAUAUUUCAAGAAUCCUAAAAGGAAAGAUAUCUCCUGAGCCAGAGGCAGGGGAAGAGUUUGGUGAGCUGGGAAGUGAGGCAGUAGAGAAGGAGCUGUUGACAGGGGCUGAAGGAUCUCUGAAGAGGAAAUCAGCACUCUCUUCAUUCAAGUUACCAAGCCUCAUGCCAAGGGAGAAAGCACCACUGUUCGUUGAGGAUCUCAUGGAUCAGGCUGCUGCCGUCGGACAGUGCGUGACGCUGUCAUGCCGGACUGCAGCUCACUCCUCCCUGCACAUCAACUGGUUCAGAGAUGGGUUACCUGUCCAAAGCAGCAGCAGGAUCCUCAUCUCAACCACCCUCAAAAACUUCCAGCUCUUAACUAUUCUCUCUGUUAGUGCUGAUGAUUUUGGUGCUUACACCUGUGUGGCCACCAACUCCCUGGGCUCAGCAUCCACCUCUUGCAUCAUAAGAAAAGCAGAGGUUCCUCCCAGCCCUUCACCUCCUGACAUUGUGGAGGUCUACAAGGAUGGAGUGCAGAUGGUCUGGAGACCUGUGGAAACCAACACCCCUGUCCACUACAGUGUCCAGUGCAAGAGCGAAGAUGGGGAAUGGAUAACCCUUGCUUCUGACAUUGCUGACUGCUGCUACAAAGCCAAAAGUCUCUCCAAGGGGUUUAUCUACAGCUUCAGGAUAGCCUGCACCAGUAAAGCAGGAAUGAGCCCAUACAGCGACCCAUCUGCCAAAGUGAAAAUCACCGGGAAGGAUCAAACGGAGCUCCAUGCUGCAAUGCAGAGCUUCCCAUCAGCUGCUACUGAAGAAGAGAGUGAAAUAAUCACACCAUCGGAACCUUUCCCAACCUACCAGACCUAUGCCUUCCAAACAGAGAUCAAAAGGGGGCGUUUCAGCAUUGUCCGACAAUGCAGGGAAAAAGAAAGUGGCAAGAAUUUAGCUGCUAAAAUUAUCCCUUACUGGCAAGAGGACAAGCAGAAUGUGCUCCUGGAGUACCAAGUCCUGAGGAAGCUUCAUCACACAAACAUUGCUCAGCUGAAGGGAGCCUACAUCAGCCCACGGCACUUAGUGUUGAUACAGGAGAUGUGUGUGGGACCAGAGCUACUUCACUCUUUGGCAUUACGGACAUCAUACUCAGAAGUAGAGGUCCGAGAUUACCUGUGGCAGAUCCUCAGUGCCAUUGAAUACCUCCAUGCACACAACAUCCUGCACUUGGAUCUCAGGUCUGAAAACAUGAUCAUCACUGAGCCCAAUCUACUGAAACUCCUGGAUUUUGGCAACGCACAGUUCUACACACAAGACAAAGUUAUUAUAAUGGACAAGUGCAUGGACUAUGUUGAAACCAUGGCUCCAGAACUGCUGACAGAGCAAGGAGCCCUCCCACAGACUGAUAUCUGGUCCAUUGGAAUCACAGCCUUCAUCAUGUUGAGUGCCAACUACCCAGUCAGCUCUGAUGUAGCCUGUGAGUUCCUGAGAAUGGCCAGGAAGGGUAAAGUGAAGCUCACACGGUGCUAUGCAGGUCUCUCCGGGGGAGCAGUGUCCUUUCUCCAGAGCACGCUGUGUGCAAACCCCUGGGGAAGGCCAUCAGCCUCAGAGUGCCUUCAGAGCCCAUGGCUCCAGGAGACAGGCUUGGACAACAGGCAGCAAGCACUGGUCAGCUUCCCCACUACCAAACUGAGGAAUUUCCUCACUGAACGGGAAAAGAAAAGGGGCCUGCUGUGCUCCAAGUAUGGCCUCAUGAUUGCACAGUGAUGUGGAUGUGGCAACAGAUGUCUCC